AUGGCGGUGGGCGCUGGGGGGCCCGGGGCUCCCGGGGGGAGGAGGCCGGGGAGGGAGGCGCGGCGGGCGGAGGCGGCCCUGGGCCCCGGGCGAGAGCCAGGACGGCGGAAGGAAGCCAUCGCCCAACACGGGACACCCCAGACCCCCAGAGGGUCACAUCGUCCCGAAGGGCGUCUGGAGCCCGCCCUCCACCUGCCGCCCUGCGGGGCCCACCGCGGGGCCCAGGGCUCCGCACCGGGCUCCACCAUCGGGCCCAAGGAGGGAGGGAGGGGGGACCCGGAGCGGACGGAGUGGUCCAGGCCCGCCGCCCCUCCCUCUCUACGUGGCACCGGCGAGGACGCUCAGAACGGCCGGCUUCGCAGCCCGGGGCAAGGCCGCCGCUCCGGCCUCACGGGGGAACACCGCCCCCGUCCCGGCUGCCGCAGGCCCGGAGGGGCAGGGCCUGGGAACCGCCACACCGAGCGCGGACGGAGCCUGGCGCUGCGGAACGGGCCUCGCUCUGCUUCUGGGGGCAGCUGCAGGCACCCCUGGAAACUCCGCGGGGCAUGGGGUGAGCCGGGCAUCCCCGGUGAGCGUGGGGGGCUGCUGGAGGAGGAUGUGUGCAAACAAGGCCGAGAGGCGAAGCGGAAAGAGGAGGUGACACGAGGAGCCAGGAGAAGGCCCCCCUCGGCAGAGCGCUGGGCUCGGUUUGGAAAGAUCCUGGGGAAGCCAGUGCUGUGUCUGUCCUGCAAGGAAAUCGUCCAGUGUGGACUGGGUCAGACGAUUCUGGAACAUUCUCCUGAGCUGCACAUUCCGUGGUUCUUCGUGGUUCGCCCAGGAGAGGAGGAGCCGGCCCUGGCCCGCGCGUCUCCUGGCAACCGCUGCGCCUUCCACCUCCCCCCAGGGCUCCUCCCCGCCCCGCCUGCCCGCUUCCUGCUGCCUGGAGUGCGGGCUCUGGGGCUCUCCUUGCCCCUGGCGCCCCCGGCCUUCCCGCUGCUGGCUCCCGCCGCAGCACCCAAAGGGCUACUCAUUGUGUCACCGGCUCCCGCCCUUGCGUCUGUCACCUCACCGGGGCCCCCUGGGGAGCAGCCUGUGCUGCUUCCUGUCUGGCUGUCCUAUGGGGAGCGCGGCGGCAGUGCCCGGUUCCCUGGGCGUUCGUUGUCCUACACUGGCGGCCUCGGGGCGCGGCUGGCUGCUCGGGUGGAGGGGGUGGCCGUUGGGUGCCAUGCCAACACCAGGACGCCAGGCCCGGGGCUGCGGCUGGCGGCGAGGGGGCCGCGCCCGCUCCCCUUCACGGUCCGCUGCCGCCCUGGCUUGCCGAGGCCUGCUCGGGGCGUGCGUUUCCGGCAGGGCUGCUGCCGGCCCUUCCGCGGGGCACCCACGGGCCGCCAGGCGGGCCCCGGGCCCUGGGGGAGGCGGCCGGGGCUCUGUGUGUCCGAGGGUGGAGGCCCAAGGCCCAUGUCCACAGAGCCAGGGCGAGGGCUGGGGGUCCAGAACCCCGACUCUGGGGCCCACGAGGAGGCGUGGCCAUCUGAAGGGCCAGGCCCAGGGCUAUGGGACCAGGGCUAUGGGGCGGGGCCGGGGCGUCCGCCCAGGCCCGGGCCCAGGGAUGGGCGGCGGCGGGUCUGUCCCGAGCGGUGUCUGGACGCGGGGGGAGGCCGUGAUGUGAACGCCACCGCACGCCCAGGCCUGGCGGCCCGGCCCCUUCUGCGCCCUCGCCGGCCUCUGCGCAUCGGGCAUGCCGGCCCCCGUCCUGGCCUGCCGCCCGCGGCCGCCCUCGGGGGGCUGCAGCCCCGCCCGACGUGGCCCCCGGGGCGGGCCUCCUCUCCCCCGGGAGAGCCCCCCCGCGGGAAGGGCGGCGCCCGCCCAGGCGGCCCGGGCCGGCCCCCCCCCACGGCCUGGUCUGAGGACGGGGAGGAGCCCCGCCCCCGGCCGGGGACCCCCAGCCCGCCCGCCUGGACCGCGGGCCGGGAAGACCGGGGCGGAGGCAGCUCGGCGUCCUCCGUGUCAUCGGGCCGCCUCUCCGGCUCCUCCGGCGGCCACGAGCCCUGCUUCCCUCCCCCAGGGCUCUGGAGGGAGAGGCCGCCCCAGGUCCCGGGGCGCCGGCGGCCCCCCAGAAAGAGAGACCCGCGGCUGGAGCAGCUGAGGGACAAGAUCCGGACCCAGGCCCAGUGGCAGGGGAGCUGCGGCUCGCUGGGCACCUCGACGCCCUCCAGCACCUCCCCGCGUCCCCAAAGCCCCCUCGGUGGCCCUCCAAAGGAGGACUCGCAAGCUCCCUGGGAAAACACCAAAAGGAUGAAAAGCAGUGCUUACAAGAGCGAGCGGGUCUCCAGGCUGCCCGUCCCCAGCAGAGCCGCCAAGAGCAAAGAUUCGGAGCUGGUCGGUGUGUACGCCUGGCGGAAAGGACAAGCCCUGGUGCGGUCGCUGCUGGGGCCCCCUCCAGCCGCCCCGGGCUCUCGCCUUCCAGAGAGCCGGCCCCGGACCUAG